GCGCGGCUGCGGUGCGCGAGCCCGGGGCGACCGGUGGGCGCGCUCGACACCGGCCGGCGUCUCUGAGGGCGCGCGGGCCGCCGGGCCGGGGAUGUGAGGUGCCUGUGCGGCCAACAUGAAGCUGAAAAAGCAGGUGACAGUUUGUGGGGCUGCUAUUUUCUGUGUGGCUGUGUUCUCACUGUACCUGAUGCUGGAUCGAGUCCAACACGAUCCCACGCGACACCAGAACGGCGGGAACUUCCCCCGGAGUCAGAUUUCUGUGCUGCAGAACCGCAUCGAGCAGCUGGAGCAGCUGUUGGAGGAGAACCACGAAAUCAUCAGCCACAUCAAGGACUCGGUGCUGGAGCUGACGGCCAAUGCUGAAGGCCCGCCCGCCCUGCUGCCCUACCACACGGCCAAUGGCUCCUGGGUAGUGCUCCCAGAGCCGCGGCCCAGCUUCCUCUCCAUCUCCCCCCAGGACUGCCAGUUUGCUUUGGGGGGUAGGGGCCAGAAGGCAGAGCUGCAGAUGCUGGCGGUGUCAGAGGAGCUGCCGUACGACAACGUGGACGGUGGGGUGUGGAGGCAGGGCUUCGACAUCUCCUAUAGCCCCAGCGACUGGGACGCUGAGGACCUGCAGGUGUUUGUGGUGCCUCACUCACACAACGACCCAGGCUGGAUCAAGACCUUCGACAAGUACUACACGGAGCAGACGCAGCACAUCCUCAACGGCAUGGUCUCCAAACUGCAGGAGGACCCGCGGCGGCGCUUCCUCUGGGCGGAAGUCUCCUUCUUCGCCAAGUGGUGGGGCAACAUCAGUGCCCAAAAGAGAGCCGCCGUGAGAAGACUGGUGGGAAACGGGCAGCUGGAGAUCGCAACGGGAGGCUGGGUGAUGCCGGAUGAGGCCAACUCGCACUACUUCGCAUUGAUCGACCAGCUCAUCGAGGGCCACCAGUGGCUGGAGAAGAACCUCGGUGCCACCCCGCGCUCUGGCUGGGCGGUGGACCCCUUUGGAUACAGCUCCACCAUGCCUUACCUGCUGCGCCGCGCCAACCUGACCAGCAUGCUGAUCCAGAGGGUGCACUACGCCAUCAAGAAGCGCUUUGCCGCCACCCACAGCCUGGAGUUUAUGUGGAGGCAGACAUGGGACCCGGACUCCAGCACAGACAUCCUGUGCCACAUGAUGCCCUUCUACAGCUACGAUGUCCCCCACACCUGUGGCCCUGACCCCAAGAUCUGCUGCCAGUUUGACUUCAAACGCCUUCCUGGGGGCCGCAUCAACUGCCCAUGGAAGGUCCCACCCCGGGCCAUCACAGAGGCCAACGUGGCCGACAGGGCGGCGCUGCUCCUGGACCAGUACCGGAAGAAGUCCCAGCUGUUCCGCAGCAAGGUGCUGCUGGUGCCGCUGGGCGAUGACUUCCGCUACGAUAAGCCCCAGGAGUGGGACGCGCAGUUCCUCAACUACCAGCGCCUCUUCGACUUCCUCAACAGCAAGCCCGAGCUGCACGUGCAGGCUCAGUUCGGCACCCUCUCUGAGUACUUCGACGCGCUGUACAAGAGGACGGGCGUGGAGCCUGGGGCCCGGCCGCCCGACUUCCCCACGCUGAGCGGCGAUUUCUUCUCCUAUGCCGACCGAGAGGACCACUACUGGACGGGCUACUACACUUCUCGGCCUUUCUACAAGAGCUUGGACCGCGUCCUGGAAGGCCACCUGCGGGGGGCAGAGAUUCUUCACAGCCUGGCUGCAGCUCACGCCCGCCGCGCCGGGCUGGCUGGGCAGUACCCGCUCUCCGACUUCGCCCUCCUGACGGAAGCGCGGCGCACGCUUGGACUCUUCCAGCACCAUGAUGCCAUCACCGGCACUGCCAAGGAAGCGGUGGUGGUAGACUACGGGGUCAGGCUGCUGCGCUCGCUGGUUGGCCUGAAGCAGGUCAUCAUGAACGCCGCUCACUACCUGGUGCUGGCGGACAAGGAAGCGUACCACGUUGACCCUGAGGCACCCUUCCUCCAAAUGGAUGACACCCGCCUAAGUCACGAUGCCCUGCCUGAGCGCACUGUGGUCCAGCUGGGCUCCUCCCCCAGGUUCGUGGUGCUGUUUAACCCCCUGGAGCAGGAGCGGCUCAGUGUGGUGUCGGUGCUGGUGGACACCCCCCGCGUGCGGGUCCUGACCGAGGAGGGCCAGCCGCUGGCCGCGCAGAUCAGUGCGCACUGGAGCUCCGCCACCGACAUGGUCCCCCACGUCUACCAGGUGUCUGUGCCCAUGCGCCUGCCUGCGCUGGGCCUGGGCGUGCUGCAGCUGCAGGCGGACGUGGAGGGGCUGCACACACUGCCCUCCUCCGUGCUGGUAUACCUGCACGGCCUAAAGCUGGCCAUCAGCCGGCACGACGCCCUCCCCCUCCGUGUCAUGGACUCCAGCCCCAGCGACUUUGCCAUCAGCAACCGCUACAUGCAGGUCUGGUUCUCAGGCCUCACCGGGCUCCUCAAGAGCAUCCGAAGGGUGGAUGAGGAGCAGGAACAGCGGGUGGACAUGAAGUUCUUCGUCUACGGCACCCGCACAUCCAAAGACAAGAGUGGGGCCUACCUCUUCCUGCCUGAUGGCGAGGCCAAGCCCUACACCCCCAAGAAGCCCCCUGUGCUGCGGGUGACAGAAGGUCCUUUCUUCUCAGAGGUAGUGACCAACUAUGAGCAUGUUCGCCAGGUCGUCAGGCUUUACAACCUGCCGGGGGUGGAGGGGCUGUCGCUGGAUAUGUCGUUCCUGGUGGACAUCCGGGACUAUGUGAACAAGGAGCUGGCCCUGCGCAUCCACACGGACAUCGAAAGCCAAGGCGCCUUCUUCACAGACCUCAAUGGCUUCCAGAUCCAGCCCCGGCGGUACCUAAAGAAGCUGCCCCUGCAGGCCAAUUUCUACCCCAUGCCGGUCAUGGCCUACAUCCAGGACACGCAGAAACGCCUCACACUGCACACAGCCCAGGCCCUGGGUGUCUCCAGCCUCGGUGACGGACAGCUGGAGGUGAUCCUGGACCGGCGGCUAAUGCAGGAUGACAACCGGGGCCUAGGCCAGGGGCUGAAGGACAACAAGGUCACCUGCAACCACUUCCGCCUCCUGCUGGAGCGGCGCACCCGCGGCAGUGAGGUCCGAGACGAGCUCUCUAGCAGCUACCCAUCCCUCCUCAGCCACCUGACCUCCGCGUUCCUCAACACCCCGGUGCUCACACUGCCCGUGGCGGGGAGUCGGGUCUCCAGCCCCGCGCUGCACCCCUUCCGUCCCCUGGCCUCUGCUCUGCCCUGCGACUUUCACCUGCUCAACUUGCGCACGCUCUCCGCAGAGGUGAGUGUCCUGCCCCGCCCCGCCCCGCCCCCUCGGAGGAGGGGCGCGCCAUCCACAGCCUGCCUGUGCCCCCAGGACGACUCCCUGCCCUCGGAGGAUGCGGCCCUCAUCUUACACCGCAAGGGCUUUGACUGCGGCCUCGAGGCCAAGAACUUGGGCUUCAACUGCACUACGAGCCAAGGCAAGGUAGACCUGGGGGGCCUGUUCCACGGCCUGGGUGUGCGCUUCCUCCAGCCGACCUCCCUGACGCUGCUCUACCCGCUGGCCGCCCCGUCCAACAGCACGGACGUGUACGUGGAGCCCAUGGAGGUCGCCACCUUCCGCCUCCGCCUGGGUUAGGCCCUGGGCCUGCAAGUUGCUCCCCAGAGACUGGGUCGGACCCCAAGGGGUGAUGAUCCAGCCCUGACAGACUGGGCUCCGCCCUCGUGCUGUUUAUUGCUUCUGUGUUUGGGGCAGAAAGGGCCAACACCAGUGACAUGCACAGAGGAGGUCCUGGGGCCAGCCAGGCGCUCCAAGCUCUGCCUUGGUGUUGGAGGCUGCCCAGGUGGGCCCAGGCCCAGGCACCCAGCCUUCCCCAGAACAGGCCCCAGAGAUGAGGGCAGAGGUCAGGAAGGCACGAGUGACUCCAGCCAGGAGAGCUAGCUCCCAGGGCCCUGUGUGACCCUGCGGCAGUGGGGAAGGAGGAGGAAUCCCUGUUUCCCCAGGGCCCCAUGGCCUUUGCUUUUAUGAUGGCUGCCACUGGGUCUGCGUGCUCUGGCGUGGGCUUGCGAGAGGGACCAGACCCUGGGCCUUACCACCACCCCUUACCACCUCCAGGGGUGUUCCCUUACGCACACACGCCACCCCUAAGCCCCUCCCUAUGGGGCUUCAGUCCUGGCAAGAAAGUGAACCUUCAGGACCCACGGCCCCUGUGUGGGCCACCCACAGCUCUCACUGUCCGCAGCCCGGCUGGAUGCCUCCUGGGGCCUGUGGCAGCCCAGCCUGGGGGAGUAGAGAACAGUCGGAAGAGACCUGAGGAGAUGCUUCGUAAAAUCUGAGCUCACCCUUCAUGGAGACCUCGAGUAGACAGGCACACCCUAAUCUAGACAGAGGUCUGUCAGAAACGGGCGGUGAGGGCACGCGGAAGCCUCCCACACCACAGGCUGCCCAGAGCUGCCGCCAGCAGCGUCCUGGCCCUCCUCACCACGUCAGGGGAGGAAGAGCCACAACUGCCACUGUAGAGCUGCCUCCCAAAAUGCUUAAAAGAAUCACCUGCAAUCUGGUCCACUGCUUAGUGCUGUCCAUGCUCCUAUAGAGACCGGUGCUCUCCCCCAAACCGGCCCGUAAGGUCAGUGUAAUUCCAGCAAGCCUCGCUACUUCCAGGAUUCAGGUGUGAAGCUCAUGAGUCCUGAGACAGCGCUGCUGGCCAUGGUGAUGGGCUGGCUGGGCACCAGCACUGCGCAAGGCACUGGUCCCUCCAGAUUCCCCAAGGUCUUGGAUUCAUUGUGGCAUUCCCAUUGCUCAGUGUGCGCACCAGAAACACCCAGGCACGUAGGAGUUUAAUGUGUGGUAAGUGUUUUUAAGUGGGGAAGAGAUGGAUUAUUUAACAAAUAGUACCUAGAGCUGGGCGCCAGUGGCCACACCUGUAACCCUAGCUGUUCAGGAAGCUAAGAUUCAUGGGUCAUAAUUUGAAGCCAGACUGGUCAGUAAAUUCCAUGAUUAACCAGUAAAAAUGCCAGACUGGAGACAGGGCUCAAGUGGGUAGCACACCAGCCAUGAAAAACCAACGAGAGUUCAAGCCUCUCUCCCAGCACGGAAACAAAUGGUAGAAGGGAAAAAAAUAAGAGUAGAACAUUAUAUAAGAAAAUACAAUUUCGCUGACGCAAGAAGGUCUCUUCUAAGCAUAACAUGGAACCUAAGUGACACAGGAGAAAAUAAACACUACCACAGAGUCCAGGCCACAGUGUCAGCGAAGGGAGGGGAUGCCUGCCUCAGUCCCCACGGAGUCACCGGCGCUGCCGGCUGCCACCUGCACUUUCAGUGGCAGCUGCGCCCUGUGUACCGUGGGGACCGAAGCCUGACCUUCGUGCGGUGGGAGAGACCACUGCCCCGCCGAGCCUGGGCCCUGGCAAGCAGGCAGCCUCGAGCCACAGCCCAGAGCCCCGAGCCUGUCAGUAAAGAACGUGGUGUGCUGCUCAAGGAUGGAUGAUUGUAAUCAAACUACAGGGGAGAUUCAGAGCCAUCUAGAAAAGAUCAGAAUAAAGGAUGUUAUCUCCAAAA